AUGAUCUUCGUCUCUUGCCAAGCGGAGCUGCGUUCUUGCACGUCCACAUAUCCGACAUGCACAUUACUACUACUCAGAGGAAGUCAUAACAAUGGCGCGUCAAAAUGGCCUUCUUGCAUUGAUUGGAGAUGGAUUCAUGCAUCAUGCUGCUCAGGAACAGAGGUGCCGAUCCUGCAUCCAUUCACCCGGCACAAGAACGUGGCUAUGUACAGGACUAUAUUUGGACGUCUGAAAGAAGUGAUUGGACACGUCAGAGGACUUCGAGUGGUCUUGGAAUCCGGAAAGGCAGCUAUACGUGCCGCCAAGGAGGCAUUCCCUAAGGCACACGUGGAAGGAUGA